CAACCUUUCCUUCAAUUGCAACUCCCUCCAUAUCUAUAAAUCUCUCUCUUUCUCUUUCAAUUCCACCAUUUGAUUAAAACUUCCCAUGGCUAUCUCCAACAAAAUGGCGUUGCUUCUCUUCAUCUCCUCUGUUUUCGUGUCUGCAGCUCUUGGGGAGCUUGUGUGCGAGGAGUUGUCGGUGGAUGUGUGCGCUUUUUCAAUAGCCUCAUCGGGGAAGAGAUGUUUGUUGGAGACAUCGGAGAACAAAGAUGGGAAGCUUGAGUAUCAAUGCAGGACCUCGGAGGUGAUGGUGGAAUGGAUGUCUAACUACAUUGAGACGGAUCGGUGCAUCAACGCUUGUGGCCUGGACCGCAACUCCGUGGGAAUUGCCUCUGACGCCCUCCUCGACCCUCGCUUCACCGCCAGCCUCUGCUCUCCCGCCUGCUACCAGAAGUGCCCCAAUAUUGUGGACCUUUACUUCAACAUGGCUGCAGGAGAGGGAGUGUUCUUGCCCGACCUUUGUGAGAGGCAACGCACCAACCCCCACCGUGCCAUGGUAGAGCUGUUGAGCUCCGGGGCUGCCGCUGGUCCGGUGUCAUCCGCAGCCGCCACAGGAGUGUUCCCUACAGCUGAUGCCCCAGCUCCCAUGUGAAAAUUAAGUUAAUUUAUUAUUGGGUUUUUUUCAUUGUUAAUUUCUUUUAUACAGCUGUGAGGUAAUAAUAAAUAGAAUAGUAAAAGAUGAGUGAUUUUCUUCGGAAUUCACCUUUUAUUUCGAUAUCAUAAGACGUACGACGUCGUUUCCUUUUGUUCUUCUUUUCAAAUUUCCCACACACAGUGAGUUGAUGUA